AUGCAUUUGGGCACUAAAGUCAUCAACAAAAAAAAAGAAGAUUUCGAUUCGCCCGAAAUGUUACAACAAAAGACGAAUAAGCUGAUGGAGCUGAUUCGUAAAGCAAAGUUUGUUGUGGUGUUCAUCGGCAUUGAUAGUUUUGUGAGCAAACAUGAAGGUAAUACAAUUACGAAGUCACAGCAGCCCACGAAAGGCCAAAAAGUACUUGUCCGAUUGUUCGAACUUGGAUACAUAAAAUACAUUGUAUCACAGACUAUAGACGGGACCUUAAUCAGAUAUGGAAUGCCAUUGACAGCCAUUUGUGAGUUAAAUGGGAAUGUUAACAUUGAAAGAUGUCCGGAGUGUAAAAGAUCAUAUUGGAGAAAGUUUAAUAUUUUGGAAGAGAAUGGUUGCGAAGGUUUUCGUAAUAAUAAUCAUCAGACUUGUCGUCGAUGUUAUAAUUGUGGAUACUUUUUGCGUGACACAAUCAUUUAUCCUAAUGAAAGCAUACCGAAUGAAUCUAUUCAGAAAGCGGCAAUUCAUACGCGUCAAUGCGAUCUCUUGAUUAUUCUUGGUACUUUAUCGACAAUGAACCCCAUAAAAGACCUUUUUUCACGACCCUCUGAAAAUCUCUCAACAAUAAUAAUCAAUACACAAAAAUCACCACAAGACAUUAACCCCUUCACUCUACGCCUUUUCAGCCGACCGGACGAUGUUCUACUUUUGAUCUCCAGAUACUUCAAAAUUUCCGAUCUUGACAAACUCAAAGAUCUCGUCAGCAACGAUGACUCCUUUCUCGAAAUGAUUAUUUUGCCAAAUCCGACGCGAAAGUUGGAUGCAAUCAGGGAAACUAGAAUAGAAUUACGUAAAUGGUCGAUUGAAAAGUUGAAUGAGGUGUUGAAGGAGCGUGGCGUUGUUUUACAUACUUCGGUUGACAAGAAUGAGUUAGUGGAGAUAUUUUUGCGGAGGUGUGGUGACAUUGUGUAUUGGAUUUAA